CAUAUAGGGUGAGAGAGAUCCAAAGUCUAUGAAUUCUAUAAAUAAAAGAGAAGAAAGGAAGGGUCUCAAACGAGAUGACACAACAAAAUUGAUUCAUUCCAUCUUUCAUUAACUUCAUUCUCAUCUCUCUCUCAACUUCUCAACUCAAAACAACAACAAGAAAAGAGAGAAAUAUGACAGAAACAAACACCUACAUCCUCUGUUUCAUCUUCUGUUUCAUCUCAACUCUCCUCCUCCAAUAUCUUUUCCAUAGAUCAAAAACCACCAAAUCCUCCUCCAAUCUUCGCCGCCUCCCGCCGAGCCCCCCGUCCAUCCCUAUUCUUGGUCACCUCCACCUCCUCUCUCCCUCCCUCCACAAGUCCUUCACUGCCCUCUCCUCCAAAUUUGGCCCACUUCUCUGCCUCCAACUUGGUGCUGUCCGUUGCAUAGUCGUCUCCUCCGCUUCCCUCGCUACCGAAGUCUUUAAGACUCAAGAUCUCGCCUUUUCUUCUCGUCCAAAGUUUGCCUUCAGCGAUGAAACCCCCUAUGGCAGCUCUGGAUUCUUCGCCGCUCCUUACGGUGACUAUUGGCGUUUCAUGAAGAAGCUCACCAUGACCGAGCUUCUUGCACCGAAACAAGUUGAACGAUCACGCGCUGUUCGGUAUGAAGAGGUUUUGAGAUUCUUGCGAAAAAUGGUGGCUGCUGCCAACAACAACCAGCUCGUUGAUGUUGGUGCAGAGCUCAUGAAACUAACCAACAAUAGCAUUUGCAGGAUGAUGAUGAGCAUAAGGUGCGCAGAUGACAGUGACGAAUCCGAAAAGAUUCGACAACUAGUAAAAGAUACAAUGGAGGUUGGAGCAAAAGUAGCCUUCGGCGACGUGGUGGGAUGGCCGCUGAAAAGGGUGGCAUUUUGGGUGUAUGGAAAACAAGCCAUUGACGUGACGAUGAGGUACGAUGCGAUAUUAGAAAAAGCAUUAAAGCAACAUGAAGAGAGAGGGAAGGUAGAAGGUUUUGACAGAGAAGACAGAGAUUUAAUGGAUAUAAUCUUGAAGGUUCAUCAAGAUAGUCAAGCGGAGUUUAAGAUUACUAGAACAAAUGUGAAGGCUUUCUUGUUGGAUCUUUUCGUCGGCGGGACCGGAACGUCGACGGAGGUGAUGCAAUGGAUAAUUGCAGAGCUAAUCAACCACCCAAAAGAGCUCAAAAAGCUAAGAGAAGAGAUACUCUCCGUUGUCGGAGACUCGAGACUUGUUCAGGAAAACGACGUUCCCCAUAUGCCCUACUUGCAAGCGGUGGUGAAGGAAGGCCUAAGAAUGUACCCGGCGGUGCCGGUGGCGAUGAGGAGUUGUCCACAAAGCUGCAAAAUCAACGGUUACGACAUACCGGAAAACACCAUGGUAGGCGUUAAUCUCUUCGCCAUUAUGAGAGAUCCCAAUUCCUGGGAAGAUCCCAACGAGUUCCGGCCGGAGAGAUUCAUAUCACAGGCCAAGGAAGGCGACAGCAUGAAGCAGAUCCAGUACGAAAUUAAGGGCCAAAAUUUCAAUUUCGUUCCAUUUGGCGGCGGACGGCGCGGCUGUCCCGGGUCUACCUUGGCUUUCACCACCAGCACCGUCGUAAUCGCCGCCAUGGUUCAAUGCUUUGACUGGAAAGUGGACGGCAAAGAGGAGAAAAAGGCGAAUAUGGAAAUCGGAUCGGGUCUCGGGUUGCCCAUGGCCCACCCGCUCAAUUGCGUUCCGGUUGUGAAAUUCAACCCAUUUGCUUCUGAUUAAAAUAUAAAAUUAAUAUUGGAUAUAUUAUUUUAAGAGAGGAAAAAAAGAAAAAAAA